AUACAUAUUUACAAAUUAAAUGACAGUGCACAGUAAUGACAGUGGUGUGUGUUUAGUAAUGAAUGCCGUUUCAACUCGACCAAGCACAUCACCCACCUCAGCGCAAACACCUCUGCAUCAACAACAGCAGCAGCAAGCCUUGCAAACCCAACCCACAAAUCUAAGCACAUCAGCUUCCAACACAACAAGUCACAACGCCUCACAUCAUACGUCGGCGUCUUCAUUGACACUUAACGCCACAGCUGUUGCCGCCGCCGCCGCUGCAGCAGCCGCUGCUGCCGUUGUUGCCGCCGUGCCGUCUUCAACCGCCUCUCUAACCACGCCCUCAGUUGCCAACGCAAUGGCCGUUACCUCAACAGUACCGCCGGGCGCGCGUUCCAUUUCCCCCGCCACACCAUACAGUACAUCGUCGUCGGUGUUAUCGUCAACGGGACCCGGAUCGGCUGCCGCUGGUCCACAACCACCACAAGCACCCACAUCAGUAUUACCCGGCCCUUUGGCGCCAGGUUCAACGGGCGCUGCACCGCCACCACCAUUACCGGGUGCGCCUGGUUCCGCCGGUCCCGGUUCGGGUAAUCGUUGCUGUGAUACGGGUCGUACCAUAUAUACCGAUCCGGUUAGUGGCCAAACAAUAUGCUCCUGCCAAUAUGACAUUUUAAAUUAUCAGAGAUUAGCUGCCGCUGGCGGUUUAGUUGCUGGUCCCGGUGGUGUACCCAUGGGUGUUUACCCUGAGGGUAUGUCAGCGUAUUUAUCGGGUAUGGGUGCUGAACAGCCGCCAUUUUAUGCAAAUCCGGGUGGUUUGGAUUUAAAAGAAAAUUUAGUAGCCGGUGGUGCACCAUGGCCCUAUCCCUCAGUAUAUCAUCCUUAUGAUGCAGCCUUUGGUUAUCCAUUUAAUAGUUAUGGCAUGGAUUUGAAUGGCGCCCGACGCAAAAAUGCCACCCGUGAAACCACCUCAACGCUGAAAGCCUGGUUAAAUGAACACAAAAAGAAUCCUUAUCCCACAAAGGGUGAGAAAAUUAUGUUGGCUAUUAUAACGAAAAUGACAUUGACCCAAGUGUCGACAUGGUUCGCCAAUGCCCGCCGAAGACUGAAGAAAGAAAACAAAAUGACAUGGGAGCCACGCAAUCGUGUCGAUGACGAUGAUUGCAAUUUGGAUGAUGAUGAUCAUAAAAGUACAGAUGAUAAUGAUGUAUUAGAUGCCAAAGACUCUGGUUUGGGUUCGAACGAGGACAAAGACCAUCGCAUGCCCGGUGAGGGUAACAACAGCGAAUGGUCCGGUUCACGACCCGGGUCUCCCAAUGGAUCACCCGAUUUAUACGAUCGCCCUGGCAUGAUGCCAGGUGGUGGUCAUCCCCUUUUCCAUCCCGCCGCCUUACACCAUUUCCGACCACCAACUGGUUCACCGCCGGACAUUGCUGCCUACCAUCAUCAUCAACAGCUUAUACAACAACACCAACAGGCCCAACAAAACGCAUUGCAUGCAACAGCUGCAGGAGCUGCCAGCACAACAGCUAGUCUUGCGGCCAAGCCACGUAUUUGGUCUUUGGCCGAUAUGGCCUCAAAGGAUGCCAGCAAUAAGGAGGGCGGUAACAAGGAUAGUCCACCCGGUAGCGAUCUACCACCCACACAUCCAGCUUUCUACGGCCAUCCUGGCCAACAUCCUAGUCCGGGUAAAAUUCUAUCACCCCUGGCGGCGAGAAUACCAAAUUACUCGCCCUAUGUGAGGCCAGAUUUGUAUCGUGGCUUCUAUGGACCAGCCGCAGCAGCCGCCGCUCAUUUGGGAGCACCCUCACAAGAAUUUCUAGAACACCAAAGAACAUUUGGAGCCAGUUUGGCUGCCCACAACGGUUUGGGCAUGAAUCCAUUGCUGUGGAAGGCUGCCGUAACUGGAGCCGGUGGACCCCACUUCAAUCCGCUAAGUUUAACCACCGGCCAUCCCCACAACCCUGCCCAUCAAGUGCCACCAUCAGGAGCCUCGCCAUCGGGUUCAAGUACCACAUCCUCCAUGGGAUGUGAUGUCGUACAAACUCCACCUUCCAGCCAGCCUAGUUCACAUCAUAAUAUUGGACCCAUUUCCCACAAUUCCAAUUCAUCCAGCUCUUCCUCAAAUUCGGAUAAAUUAUCACCAGGUAAACCAUGACAAUCACGUUCAGAAUCGCCCACACCCACUUCCACUAUACCAAAUUCCACCUCCAUGAUAAAUUUGGU